GAGACGGACUUGGAAAAUCCUGCUCGUCCUACAUGGAUUAACUGUAGUUUUGCCCAAUUAUUCUGUCAUAAAACACGGUUUUCGCCCCUUGUAUCGAGUUAUUUCGACGGAAGCGGUUGUUUGGCCCACUUUGGAGGAGCGUUUCACUCCGCUUGGAGCCCUUUAAUCGGUUGUGUCCCUGCUGGAGCGGCCGGAGCUGGCUGUGGUUGUGGCCGGGCAGCCCCGUCGGACAGUCGGGCGAAGCGCAAGCUUCCACACGGAUUUAAACAUCAAAAACUGCUUUUAAACCCACAAUUUUCAACUCGAAGACUACGAAGUGGCGUUUUUAAGAAAGAAAGAAGUCAUAAUUUACGGCUAUGUUCCGGAGCUCGCCGAGGAGAAGUUUGAUUAAGCACCCGAGUGCGCUUGCUGUGGAGUCCGAUGGAUGUUAGCCCAGCCCCGCUGUGGCUCGGCUCUCUGCGCCGCUCUUCUAAAGGCUCAGUUUGUCUGCCCAUAAUGCUGCUGCUGACCUCGCAAGUGUAUGAAAACACUGGCACUGGUGCCACCAAGUCGCCCUCCAUUGCUUCGCUGUAAAACCUGGAAAUACCACCCAGCAUUUCCUUCUCCCCCUCUCCUGUUUUUGGGACUUGUAACCUGGAAUAUUUUGGAUUUAGCCUCUAUUUUCUUUAAAUAUGCAAAAUUUCCAGAGACUGUUCUUCUUUGGGCAGCAAGACAUUAAAUUCUAGAUUGUUUUUUAGAUUUUUUUUUCUUCAUUUUUGUGGAAUUUGAGCUUUUAUAAACCCAUUCUUUUUGUGGACACAUUCGGAUGGAAAAUGGGAGACGCUACAAAACUGGCCAUUGCCGUUUUCCUCAUCUCCUGCUCUUCAGGUGCCAUUCUGGGACGUUCAGAGACGCAGGAAUGUGUCCUCUUCAGCUCCGGCUGGGAGAAGGACCGAAGCAACCACACCGGCACCGAGGACUGCAUCGGCGAAAAGGACAAGCGGCGGCACUGCUUCGCCACGUGGAAGAACGUCUCUGGCACCAUUGAGAUCAUCAAGCAGGGCUGCUGGCUGGACGACAUGAACUGCUACGACAGCUACGAGUGUGUGGAGAGGAAGGUGAGCCCCGAGGUUUUCUUCUGCUGCUGUGAAGGCAACAUGUGCAACGAGAGGUUCAUGUACGUCCCGGACACGCAGCCGCAGAACGACACCAGCCACUCCACCGCCUACACCACAUCCAACCCGUUCUCCCCGAAGCCGGCGCUGUUCAGCACGCUGCUGUACUCCCUGGUUCCCAUCAUCGGCCUGGCCGGCGUCGUCCUCUUCUCCUUCUGGAUGUGGAGGCACCACAAGCUGGCCUACCCUGCUGCCCUCGUCCCCACACAUCACGCCUUUCAUAUUAUGGUGGAGGAUCCAGGACCUUCGCCUCCCUCCCCGAUCCUGGGCCAGAAGCCGCUGCAGCUCAUCGAGCUGAAAGCCAGGGGGCGCUUCGGCUGCGUCUGGAAGGCCCAGCUGCUAAACGAAUACGUGGCGGUGAAGAUUUUCCCCAUCCAGGACAAACUCUCCUGGCAGAACGAGUACGAGAUCUACAGCGUGUGCGGCAUGAAGCACGACAACGUGCUGCAGUUCAUCGGCGUGGAGAAGAGGAACAACAACCUGGACCUGGAGCUGUGGCUCAUCACCGCCUACCACGACAAGGGCUCCCUUACCGACUACCUGAAGGCCAACGUCGUGUCCUGGAACGAGCUGUGCCACAUCGCCCAGUCGGCGGCCCGCGGCCUGGCCUACCUGCAUGAAGACAUCCCUGGACACAAAGACGGACACAAGCCGUCCAUCGCUCACAGGGAUAUUAAGAGUAAGAAUGUUCUGCUGAAGAACAACCUGACGGCUUGCAUCGCUGACUUUGGCCUGGCUCUGAAGUUUGAGGCUGGAAAGUCGGCAGGAGACACACACGGACAGGUUGGAACCCGCCGCUACAUGGCUCCUGAAGUCCUGGAGGGCGCCAUCAACUUCCAGCGCGACUCCUUCCUGCGCAUCGACAUGUACGCCUUCGGCCUGGUCCUGUGGGAGCUGGCGUCUCGGUGCACCGCCGCAGACGGCCCAGUGGAUGAGUACAUGCUGCCGUUCGAGGAGGAAGUGGGCCAACACCCGUCUCUGGAGGACAUGCAGGAAGUGGUCGUCCACAAGAAGCUGCGGCCCUGCCUGCGUGACUGCUGGCAGAAACACACUGGCCUGUCCAUGCUGUGUGAAACCAUCGAGGACUGCUGGGACCACGAGGCCGAGGCGCGUCUGUCCGCCGGCUGCGUGGAGGAGCGCAUCGGCCAGAUGCAGCGCCAGGCCCCCGUCAUCGGCCCCGAGGAGAUCGUCACUGUGGUCACCAUGGUGACGAACGUUGACCUCCCGCCCAAGGAGUCCAGCUUAUGAUCGGCUAGUCGACCCAGAGGGGGAGUGAACAUCCGACCCUGGUUGGUCGACUUCCUGUCCUCCCCCUCCUCUUUUCUUUUUUAAAUUUACAUUUUUUUUACGUUUGUCUUAUUCUUUGGUUCUUCACCGCGUCGAGUCGAGAUCCACCUCAUUUUGAUACGUGUGCCUGAGGAGUUUCUGUUUCUUUUUUCUUCCUCCACCAAGCGGGACGAUGACGCUUGAAGGGAAAAAAACAAAACAAAACAAAAACGACUCUAAACGCCGCUGGUUUGAUCAUGUAUUGUUUUUCUAUCCACACGCGAGACGAACUCGCAGAAACCUCACUGAACUCUCAGCGCAUUUUAGUGUUAAAAACCAGAAGAAGAAGAAAAAAACAAGAAGCUGUUCUUCUUCUGAAACGACGAUCGUUCUGCCAACAAAGCAACGGCUUCUGAAUGUUUAUAGUGUAAUGCUGCUGUACAUAGAGAAUCACGGAGCCAGGCCACCUGGUAAUCAUCUUCACGGGGGAGGAGGGGGUUCGUUUCCAGACCGCACGCCUCCUUCAGCCAGCUAUACCUCAGUUCAGACGCUCACAGUUUCACCCUUCCUGCUCCCUUUGGUUUCAACUUGUUGCUAAAUCAAUAAGUAGAGUUGAGAACUGGAUAUUUGUUGUUUUUAUUCUUCUUUCAAACGAGCCGCUCAGUAUUCGCCAGCUUGCUUCUGAUCCGGUUGUUCGGUUACUCUCUUUUUGAUACACCUCAGGAAUCUUUGCUACUCGAUUUAGUUUCUCUCAUUCAAAACUCCGCUUUUCGCUUCAGACCCGCCGACUUCUGCAGCCAGUGGAGCCCCUGCCCCCACUUCCUCCUCCAUCCUGGUGCCAUUUCUUACCUGUCUGUAUUAGUUACUCUCGUCGAUGUCAGGCCAAACGGAUGUACAAGACGUUUUUGAGGGACGUUGAACACUGGUGCCGGCAUACCUGCAGUCUCCUCAAGCUUCGGGGCGGUUUCGCAGGACGCAGUUUGACGAAAACAGAGUGAAACAUGAGGAAACUUCUUCCAGAGGAGAAGGAGAAAACCCAAACUAAAUGCAGUUAUAGACACCAGGUUUCCACAUAACACGGGUAUAAAUGUCACUAACUUUGGGCUUUUGACCCUCUGAGUCCUAAAUUUUAAAUCUCUGCCUGGAUAUUUAUGUUCAUUUUAAUUGUACAAAGUCCUUUAAAUCUCCUGAGAGUAAAUAUAUUUGCCCAUUUAUCCAUAACAACUGGAACUUUCAAUAUCUAGCAGUUAUUCUCCCAAUUUACCGUCUAUUAAAAGAUUUUCAUCGGAUUCAUUUCACUUGCUGCUGCAUGGGGUGAAAUUACCGUAAUAACUGGAUAUUGGCUGGAAAGUGCAACGUCUUUUCAGACAGUGUCUGGAAUUGCAUAUCUGGACUAAAAGGGUUAAUUAUUGAUUCAAAAAUAUAUAAACAUACCAAACUUUUUAAACUACAAAAUUAAUGAAAUAGAUAACAGUUAGUUAAAUUUAGGGUUUUUUUUGUGAAAUUUUAAUAUAAUUAAAGAUCCAAAACAUAAUUUGGGUUUUAGAUUGAUGCUUUCAUGGUUUCUUGGACAAAUUGCUGCCAUUUGGGGGCCAAACAAAAUCAUUUUCAGGGCAACAAAAUGCCCCUGGGCCACAUAUUGGACACCAGUGUCAAAAUCUGAAAAAAAUGAUUUUACCUACGCAACAAUUAAAUAAGCAGCAGAACUUUAAUUUAACAGAUAAAGUAGUUUAAAGUUGUUUAAAUUAUUCUAGAUCCAAAACUAGGUAUUAAUUGGGGGGAAAAAAACUUUUUAAUUCUGAGAAAUUAAAUUGUCAUCACUAUCGAUUCUUAUCUCUUUGUGUUUGACCCUCAGCAUGAUGGCACUCCAUCGUGCUUAAGACUUACUGAACAUUUUAGUCUGUUUCUUUUUAUCCGAAAUCCAAAGUUUGGGUUUGGAGCCUCAUGUGAGCAACUUUUCCUAGAUUAUAGAUGUAUUUACAUCCUCACUAGGAUCCUUCAACUCAAAAGCCCAAAAUUAACGACAAUUAUCCUUAUGAGUUUAUGCAAACUUCCACUUAAAUUCAGCUAAAAUCCAGAAACUAGAGCUUGAGAUAAACCUGUGCAACAACAACACAACAAACCUGAAGGAAGUUGAAGCCAUCAUCUUAUUUCCACUCUGUAGCACGAGAUCAGCGUCUGUUGCUUCCUUUCUGUUGUCGCUGCUGUUUCAAACGCAGCUCUCCUCAAAGGUCAGGGACGAGAAGAAGAAACCUCCAGCAGCCCUUCAAUAAGCACUACCUCACUCGCAGGGAUUCAUUCUGGGGUAGAAGAGUGGCAAACGAACCAAAAUCAGGAAGAAAUCAAAACCACCAUUGAAGUUGGAAGGAAGUUUCCUCAUUUUCACCCAUUUAAAAUCCCAGUAUUGUGUGUCCUCAAAUGCAAAAACUCAAGCAGUGUUUGAGCCCAUUUGGAUAUUUAACCGCUGUCAGAACGGAUCAGCUUCAACUGCGAUCAGGAAACCGACCCCAGCCGAUAAACACCAUUCAGGGAUUCAGUACUAUGCUUUUCUAAGUUCUAGCGAGUUUAUAUGCAACCAGUGCCGCAAACUUUGCCCUACACCUCUGUAGGAUCUGCUGCAGGAGUGGCUUUCAAUACACACACACACAAAUACCUUGUAGCAUUAGUUGGUUUUUUUUUUUGGAUCUUGCAUAUUGAUAUGUCGUAUUUAUUUUUUGAUUUUUUUUUUUUUCUGGCCUGAGGUUUCGGGGAUCAGAGUUCAGGUGCGACUCGAUAAAGUCAUACGGAGUUGGCACGUUUUGCGGUUGUUUGUCGUCGUGGUUACUACGGGGUUGUGGGUGGGUUCUAAUUCAGGAAAUAUUUUCAUUAAUUCAAAAAAAACAGUAGAUAUAAACUGUAACAUGCUUCUUUCUAUUCAGUCUAUGGACAAACGACCGAAAAUGAAUGUUCUACAGACCCCUGGAUUCUAUAUAAAUAUAUAUAUAUAAAUAUAAAUAUAUAUAUAAAGUGUGUACUUUGAUGGAUUGAGCCCGGCCUUGUGUAACUGUAGAGGGCCUCGCAUUCGGCUGGUGUCGUGUGAUUGUGCCCUGUCCUGUAGAAAAUGGUAAAAGCAUCAUGUUUGGGUAUUCAUUUAUGCACCAAAAAAAAAAUCCAGUUUUUGUUCAAAGAUGCUCAACAAAAGCAAAUCCUGUUUGCCAUUUUGCCAAACAGCCGUUGUUUCCCCUCAGGUUUGGUUAAAUCUGCCACAUGAAGGUGUAUGAAUGGGUUGCUGAGCAUGCAGGCUUUUGCAGUUUUCCACAGUGACCUUCUCCAGCCCAGCACCUCACAUUGCUCUGCUUAUAAACUUCCCGUGAAACAUUUGUGUCUUGUUGCCCCGCUCCCCAAGCCCCUCUCUUUUAGGCAGUCUAGGAUCUGUACAGACAUAAUUACCCGUUCUUGACUAUAUACUCUGAGCUGAAUCUUUCUAAGUGCGUGUUGAACUUCAGUGUUUCCUCUACAUUCACUUUGUGUGUGAAAGUUGCCCGUUACUAUGGUAAAAAAAAAAAGAAAAGAUUCUUUAAAAAUAGCUCGUUUGUGAAACACUUGAAUUAAAAGGAAAUAAUCAACAUUAAGCCUGAGGCGUUCCUCAGGGAGGCUGUUUAGUUACCCUAACUUUUGUUCUCAAAGAGCCAUUGCAAUACUCCAUAAUGUGAAAUCACAAUCAUCUACCACGAGUAUUUCCAGGGUUCCUACACAGUAAAACACUGUUUGGUGUGGAAGAAACAUUUUUCUCCUGUUUUCUGGUAUUUCUGUCAUGAUGCUGGGGUUGAAAUCAGCAAAUUAACUCAUUAUUUUCUCAACACAAUGAGAUCAUUCUGCACCAAUCUUCACGUCUUAUUGUCUGGACAUAAGGAAAUCAAACAUGUUAUUGCAUAAGUUUAAAAAAUGGAAUAAAAAUCAGCACAAGACCAAACUAUCCAUAAUGAAAUAAUUGAUCCGUUACAAGUAAAGGGUUUGAUUUCUGAUUGUUUUUAGAUGAUACACAUCUUUUAAGAUAAGGAAAUAAUCCUAAAUAAUAAAGCUGACAGUCUGAAUAUCUCAAAGUAAUUCAACAAUACGAGUCUCAGUAAGAACUAUAGUAAUUAAUGUAAACUCCUGUCAUCUCAAACCAGGAAGAAAAUGUGAUAAAUAUGUUGAGAUGAUGGAAUAAUUAAGCUAUUGUUGCAACAAAAAGCUUAUUUUUUCAAAUAUUUACUUUAAGAUGAUAAAAAAGGAAUGAUAAUAAGACUCCAUAUCAAGAUAAUAAAAUAGAUUCUUAUUUUAAUAUGAAAAAAUUAAAUCUUGAAUUAAACAGCUUGAGGUUUUAUCUUGAGAUAUUAACAACAAUGCAAAAACAUGUAACAUUUUAAAGUUGAACAUAUUUGUUACUAUGAUUAAAACGUCAAACAAAACAUAGUUGACGUUUGAGUAUGAAAAUACUUUUUAUUUUGAAGUUAGAAAAUUUAAUUGUCAACUAAACAAGCUCAAGUUUUAAAGCAAGAUGGAAAUUAAAUGAUCUUAAGAUGAACUCCAAACUCUAAAAUGUGAGCCUGAAUGAUAAAGCAGCUUUAGUUCUUAUUUUGAAAUGAGAAAAUGAAAUUAAGAUCAACAAAACAAGAUAAAUAUCUUGUUUGUCAUAAUCAUACCACCUUAACUUUUAUGCUUAUUUGGUAAAAGGAUGCUGAAUGUUGAGACGAAAGCUGUGUAGGAGCCCUGCUUCAUUGAUCUCCUGUUUCCCCCCAACUGUUGGAAAUGAUUCUAGAGGAAACAUUGAACCUCAGUGACUAGAGAAACACAAACACUACAGCUGUUUUCACCCACAUUUCUCCAGACUGAAGUGGCAGCGCUGAUCUGAGAUCUGCUGGUGCCGUCUCUGACGAUGGCGACGGAGUGUUUCUGAAGCUCAAACCAAUGAGCAAAUUGAUUUUUGUUUAGUUGUUUUUUUUUUUACUGUGACUGUAAAUUUCAUGUUGCAAAAAUAAUGUGAAGAUAGAAAGCUAUCUGGAUUAUUAAGAAGGAGAGAAAAGUAUUAGAGCAGCGUAGAAACCCUGGAAACAUCAGAGAGAAGACAACUGAUCCCCGAUCAGCGCUGUGGCUCUCCGCCGACGUUAACAUGGUUUUUAUCAGCUGAAGUGAUCCACGUGAUGUAAAUAAAUGUUUUUAGAUUGUGAA